GGAGGCAGCGAGUCCGCCGGGCAGCAUUGUGGAGGGGUCGGAGAGAAGGAAGACUGGCAGGAGCUGGGCUCCCCUCACGGCCAGAGAGGAAGGGACAGGGGGGAAGGAGGCGGGAAAGGGGAGGUGGGGGCGGAGAGGGGCUCGGAGGACAGCUGCGAGGCGAUGGAGCUGUGUGUGAGCAGCGCCGGCUGCAGCGACGACGGGAACAGCGUGGCCGCCGUGCCGACCAUCGUGAUGUCAGAGGACGGAGAUGGGGACGGGGGUCCCAGGGCGUUGAGCUGCCUGGUGGAGGGACUUCAGGAAGAGCUGAGCAAACAGAAGACCGCUUACGAGAGCCGCAUCAAAAAGCUGGAGGACUCCAGCAUGGCUCUGUGUGCUCAGAUGGAGCGUCUGGAGCAGGAGAUGGAGCAGGAGAGAAAGAAGCAGCGCAUGCUGGAGAUCAAGCUGCGCAACUCGGAGAGAGCACGCCAGGACGCCGAGAACCGCAACCGCCUCUUGGAGAAGGAGAUGGAGGACUUCUUCUCCACGCUGGGGGACCUGGCACUCGGGGCAAGGACUAGUGACAUUUGAGAGGGAACUGGCGACAUUUGAGUGAUAACUCUGAUAUCUUUGAAUAUAUGCUUGAGGGUAAAAAAUGAAGAAGGCUACUUCAGCAGCAAAGGACUAGAGGCAUAUUACUGCAUCACGUUUCAAUCAGCGCUCGUGUUGGAAUAAAAAAGUCAGAUAGUGACGAGGAAUAGUGAUAAAAGAAAGGCCCCAUGGUUAUCCCUUGAUGAUGCCUCUGAACCAUUGAUUGAAUUGGAAUGAAACUAGUAACAAAGAUGUAUGCUGGCCAGUAACUAGAUCAGGUCCAUGACUGUUUUAAAGUAUUGGUCAGU